AUGACUAUUAUUCGUUGCAUUCUCGCUAUUAUUGUUAAAAAGGGUUGGGGUCUUUAUCAACUCGAUGUUAAUAAUGCUUUUCUACACGAGGAUCUACACAAAGAAGUCUAUAUGAAAUUUCCUGCUGGUUUUCCUUCCCCCUCUCCCACUCAUGUUUGUCGCCUUAAGAAGUCUCUCUAUGGGCUUCGUCAGGCCUCGCGCCAGUGUGGUUGUGGUUCAUCUGUCUCACAAGUGGCUGUGUACAUUGAUGAUAUACUACUUACUGGCAACAAUGAGCAAGAAUUGACUGAAUUGAAACAUUUCCUUGAUGCUGAAUUUAAAAUUAAGGAUUUAGGGCACUUAUCUUUCUUUUUGGUCAUGGAGAUUUUGCAGGAGCCUUCUGGUUUGCUUGUUAGCCAACGCAAAUGUACUUUUGAACUGCUCAUAGAAUUUUCUUGUUUGGAUCUUUCUCCAGUCACCUCCCCUUUGGACCCCUCUAUCAAGCUCUUUGCUGGAGUUGGUCCUCCUAUCCCUGAUCUUUCCAUUUAUCGUCGUCUUCAUGGUAAGCUCAACUUGCUCACUCAUACUAGGCCAGAUCUUUCUUUUGCUGUUCAACACCUAUAUCAGUUUAUGCAAGAUCCUCGUUCUCCUCACCUGGCUGCUGCCAUGCAUUGUCUUCGCUACCUCCUAAAAGAUCCUGGUCUUGGUCUUUUCAUGUCUUCUUCCCCUUCUUUUGAUCUUCUCGCUUUUUGCGACUCCGACUGGGGUUCUUGCCCUGAUUCUCGCCGUUCCAUUAGUGGUUUCUUCAUAAGUUUGGGUGGUUGUCCCAUUUCUUGGAAAUGCAAGAAACAACCUUCUGUUUCUUUGUCUUCCGCCGAGGCGGAGUAUCGCUCCAUGCGCCGUGUAGUGGCAAAAUUAACCUGGCUUCACCGCCUUCUUACGGAUAUCUCUGUGCCUCCCUCUUUACCGAUUCCCCUUCAUUCUGAUAGCCAAGCUGCGAUCCAUAUCGCUAAAACCCUGUUUUUCAUGAGAGGACGAAACACGUCGAACUUGAUUGCCAUUUUGUCCGCCAACAGUUUCAAUCUGGUCUCAUCUCCCUUUCCUUUCUUCCUACUCGUUCUCAAUUGGCCGAUAUCUUCACCAAACCUCUUUUUGGGCCUUCUCAUCGUGAGCUCCUGA